AUGCGAAAACGGAAGCUGGAAAGGAGACGCAUCGUGUGGUCUUCCAAAAGUCGUUGGAUCGCAUCAUGCAAAGCCUCAGGGAGGCUUCCAGAGAGUGAGUCUCAUCUCUGCCCUUCAUCUCCUCACUCUGUCCUUUCGUUCUCCCAUCUCUGCCCUUUAUUCCAUCUCUGUCCUUUCCUUCCCCCAUCUCUGCCCUUUCUCCCAUCUCCUCUUUCCUUCUCCCAUCUCUGCCCUUCCUCCCAUCUCUGCCUUUUCUCACAUCUCAUGCCCUUUCUCCCAUCUCUGCCCUUUCCUUCUCUAAUCUCUGGACUUUCUCCCAUCUCUGCCCUUUCUCCCUUCUCAUGCCCUUUAUCUCAUCACUGUCCUUUCCUCCCCCCAUCUCCGUCCUUACUCUCAUCUCUGCCCUUCCUCACAUCUCAUGCCCUUUCUCCCAUCUCUGCGCUUUCCUUCUCCAAUCUCUGGCCUUUCUCCCAUCUCUGCCCUUUCUCCCAUCUCAUGCCCUUUAUCUCAUCUCUGUCCUUUUCUUCCCCCAUCUCCGUCCUUACUCUCAUCUCUGCCGUUCCUCACAUCUCAUGUCCCUUCUCCCAUCUCUGCCCUUUCUCCCAUCUCUGCCAUUUCCUUCUCCAAUCUAUGCCCUUUCUCCCAUCUCUGCCCUUUCUCCCAUUGAUUCCACAACUAAAAGAGGUAUUCGGAUCACACCAAGCAUCGGAGUUCAACAUCGGGAAAGUGCACCAACUCGCGCAUUUCGUUGACGACAUUCGCCGAUCAGGAGUGCCCGUGCACUACAACGCCAACAUGUUUGAAUACCUCCACCAACCACUCGUCAAACGGGCGUACCGUGCGAGAAACAAACGAGACGCCAUGCCACAAAUUGUGAAGCACACAAUUAUGGCACAAAUGAUUCGCACGCUCGAUGAUUCUAAUCACAACAAGGAGGAUGCGCAUCACCGAAUGGUCGCACUACAAGAGGUAGUGGUUGCUACCAUGUCUCCCAUUUCUGCCCUUUCAUUCUCCUAUAUUUUCCCUUCCUCUCAUCACUUCCCUUUCCUCUCAUCUCUGCCUUUCCUCUCAUCUCUGCCCUUUCCUUUCUCUCAUCUCGUCCCUUCCUCUCAUCUCUGCCCUUUCUCUCAUCUCUUCCUUUCCUCUCAUCUCUCCCUUUUCUCUCAUCACUGCCCUUUCUCUCAUCUCUGCCCUUCCUCUCAUCUCUGCCCUUUCCAUCAUUACUGCCCUUCCUCUCAUCUCUGCCCUUUAUCUCAUCACUUCCCUUCCUCUCAUCUCUCCCCUUUCUCUCAUCACUGCCCUUCCUCUCAUCUCUGCCCUUUCUCUCAUCCCUGCCCUUCCUCUCAUCUCUGCCCUUUAUCUCAUCACUUCCCUUCCUCUCAUCUCUCCCCUUUCUCUCAUCUCUGCCCUUCCUCUCAUCUUUGCCCUUUCUCUCAUCACUGCCCUUCCUCUCAUCUCUGCCCUUUAUCUCAUCACUUCCCUUACUCUCAUCUCUCCCCUUUCUCUCAUCACUGCCCUUCCUCUCAUCUCUGCCCUUUCUCUCAUCACUGCCCUUCCUCUCAUCUCUGCCCUUUCUCUCAUCACUUCCCUUCCUCUCAUCUCUCCCCUUUCUCUCAUCUCUGCCCUUCCUCUCAUCUCUGCCCUUUCUCUCAUCACUGCCCUUCCUCUCAUCUCUGCCCUUUAUCUCAUCACUUCCCUUCCUCUCAUCUCUCCCAUUUCUCUCAUCUCUGCCCUUCCUCUUAUCUCUGCCCUUUCUCUCAUCACUGCCCUUCCUCUCAUCUCUGCCCUUUAUCUCAUCACUUCCCUUCCUCUCAUCUCUCCCCUUCUCUCUCAUCACUGCCCUUCCUCUCAUCUCUCCCCUUUCUCUCAUCUCUGCCCUUCCUCUAA